AUGAAGUGCCGGGAGGUGGGCCACCGCUACGAGGAAUGCACGAACGGAAGGUCGUGCAACCUCUGUGGCGAGCGGUCCCACCUCAUCCGCGACUGCCCCUCCUCCUGGGCCAAUAGGGCCAAGUUCGGAAGGAGGGAGUGGGCGGCCGCGGACCGGGCUUCUGAGCGCCGGAGGGCCGAAGCGGCAGUUGCCGAGGUGGUAGUGGAGGAGCCGACUAAUGUGAACCCUGAAGGAGAAAGGGCCGAGAAAGACGGCUCUGGAGAGAUCUUUAGCGAAAGCUCCCCAAGUGGGUCAGACAUUAUAGGGACGGUGUCGGAAAGCACCAGGGAGACAGAGUCGGGAGACAUGGGAGAAGGGGGGGAGAUUCUGGAGGAACACCUCCCCCCACGUAAAAGAAAUGCUGAGGAGCUCUCCGACCCCGAACAGGGCGAGGAGAAAAAAGGAAAGAAAGGUUUAAUUCAGAUGUGUUUUUACUACAGGAGUGUGGUCUACCCUUUUUAUCCUCUUUACAGCAAAUGGGAGGAUAAGUGGCAGCACGGGCCCUCCCUUUGGAGUGGCUCAAAUUUUAACAAGAAUGACGGUGUUGCCAUUUUAAUCAAGACCCCACAGGUGGUGGUGAAGGGGAGCACGGUGGUGGAGCGGGAACCAGUAUGUCCAGUGCGCGGGCUCGCUAUAGGCGAGCCCACAACGGUCUGGCGCAACGUGGCCCAUCCUGCUCUCCUGAAUCGGCAUCGGGACCUGUCCUGGAUGGUCGCCCACGAGAUCCUCCCGGUCAGGGCCGUUAUGCACUCACGGGGCAUGGUGAGGACAUCCGCGUGCCCCCGACCGGGCUGCAGCCAAGAAGAGUCGGUGAGGCACAUGCUCUGGGAGUGCAGAGCCGCCAGGGACCUGUGGAAGGAAGCAGGCCCCCUGAUCACCUCGUGUCUGCCAGCAGGGGAGGACCUAACACCUCAGCUCGUGCUGUAUGGGGUGGGCCGAAGGCCCAUUCCACCGAAGGCCUUCACCAAGUUCUGGCCCACCCUCACGUGUCUGAAGGAAGCACUGUGGUCCUCCCGUAACCUGCUGGUAGCAAAGAGCGUAGAGACCACCCCCCAGGCAGUGGCCAUGGUAGCCACGGAAGCCCUGGGGUGGUACGAACGGAAGGGGGCCUCGACCCCAGGCGAAGGGUCCCCCACAACCCCGGCGGCUACGGCCUGACAGCGCUGCGGCGCCUAGGGUGAUGCGCCUAGGGGAGGGAUCUACUCUGGGCCCCGAAGGACGGGACGAUGGUCUAUUCGGGAGAGCAGGAUGAGGCGAGUUUGAUAAGGACUCACCCCGCUCCUGUACAAGCGAUGGAAGACAGCCUUUUAACAAAGUGACUUUUUAACAUGUUUCUAACGUCUUAAAAAUGUUUUAUCUUUGUUGAAUCAUUUCGUACACAUUUUAAAUGGCUUUUACAGAUUUUUUUUACAAAGAAAGUACUUUUAUCCAUAGUUGUUGUCAUUGGUCUUAACAACACGUACUUUUAACAAAUCUAAAUGUAAAUUCAAAUGCUGUGUUUUAUGCCUUGUUGCCGUUUUUAUGUGUAUAAAUGAUUAAAUGAAUGUAAGAGCUGUUUUUAAAAGGAA